GCGAAUUUAAGUCAGUCUGUUUGCAUCUUGCGAUCAGGCAAGUCAAUCUCAAUCCCAAAAAUGGAGUAUACGGUUUUUCUGCUUUUAUUGUCCAUUAGCUUUGGAUGUUCCUGUUCCAUUUCGACAAGUUUCUUGGAGGAUGAACAACUAUCCCAGUGCGGGCAGUAUUGCUUCUCAGCUGUACAGACCUGUUUGUCCCAACUAGAAAACACCUUGAAGCGGGUAGAGCUUUGUGAGGCUGCUGGGCCAUCCGAUAUACUUGGUAGGAUAGCCCAAUUAGAGGAAAUCGGAAGAAACACCCAGGCGGAACUACUUCAACUGAAGCAACAAAUGUCACCUACUCCUCCUGGUAACACUUUAAGUACCGAAAUAGGAGAAAAAAUCAAGCGGAAUUUUCAAAAACUGGGUUCAAAGCUAUUUUACAUUGAAAGUACCGAUAGGAAAACCUGGCACGGAGCUUUACAGAGAUGUUAUGAUUUAGGUGGUCACCUGGCCAGCUUCCAAAGCCAAGAAGAUAUUGACGCUAUUGAUGGGAAACUGAAGGAGUACUCUGGCUACUGGAUUGACGUGACCGAUCAGUAUAAGGAAGGAGCAUUUGUGUCCGUUUCAACGGGCUUAAAUGCGACCUUUUUUAAAUGGGGUCCCGACGAACCCAACAAUGCUGGUGACGGAGAACAUUGCGUGGAACUUCAUACCUUCGAAGGAGCUCCUGUCAUGAACGAUAUCCUUUGCUCCCACCGAAAGUUUUUCAUUUGCGAGUCAUCCUUGAUAUAAGGAUUUUGAUUUAUUCCGCGAUUUCGUAGUAUCUUAGCGAUCAAUAAAUAUAUUGGUAUUUAAAUGUAUUUAAUUUAAAAAAGAUUGGAUAACAGACCUUAAACUUGGGAAAUAAACUAAAAACAGCAGUUUCAUGGAGAAUAUCCAAAUUUGUACAUAAAAAUUAAAGGCGGAGAGGAGAAAUAUUAUAUCAAAGUUAAAAAUGAAUAAAUAAAAUAUACACUUCGAAAAGUUCGUGAUAAAUAA